GGGCGUUGUAUGUCAACACAGAGAACUGUCGCGGGUGGGAUUCUCGCAUCGAGUCGUGGCAUUGAAUAUCAGGGGAAGUAGUAUUCAACACCUCACCGCUGUUUUAGGCCACUCCUAAUUAUGAUUACGCCUUGCUAACUGGGACUGCCAUAAGUUUUACAGAUGGCGACGUCACGGGCCGAGAAAGUGAUGGAAUUCCUCACCUGUGUGAUCUGCCAGGAACUGUACACAGACCCCUGUACACUGAGGUGUGAUCACACAUUCUGCAGGAAAUGUGUCACAGGAUACAUCCAAACCAGACCAGAUGCUGUACAGUCCAAGACGAUCCCUUGUGCCUUCUGUCGACAAGAUACCAAGGUCCCCCACCCCAGCCGGCCAGUGGAGGAAUGGGCGGGGCAGAUCAAACCCAGCAUCAUUAUACAGGGGCUGAUUGACACACAGGAAACUGCGAGACGAACGACAGGUGAUGAUUCCUACAACAACUGCUGCCUGUGUGACAAGCUAGGGGAGACAACUCCUGGGACCGCCUGGUGUUCUGAUUGUGAAGAGUCCCUCUGUGGCAGAUGUUCCAAAAUACACCACGAAAGUUCUGCAACUCGUGACCAUGAAUUAUGUGACCUGUCUGGAGAGGUCAAGGUGAAGAAGACACGCAAGGUCAUGUGUCAGGAACACAAGGAUAAGAAAGUAGAAUAUCUCUGUCUGGACUGCAACAAGUCACUGUGUCAGUCAUGCUGUGUGGUCUACCACAGGAAAUGUGACUCUGUCGUCACAAUCAGCUCUCAGAUGACGGGGAUAAAGCUUGGGUUAUCUCGUAAAGUCAAUGGUCUUAAGAAAAAGCUUUUUGGUAAAAGCAAAAAGAUAGAAAAACAAAAAUCAAGAGUAAGUGAAAUAAAAGACAAUAAAGCGUCCGUAAAAAAACACAUCAGAUCAACUACAAACAGACUCGUCGAACACAUCAAGCACAAGGAAAAGAAGCUGUUGGAUGAAUUGGAUGCAAAAACAGAUACUCAUAUCUCUCAUGUUCGCGCAGCUAUAAAGCUUGAAGAGAUUGAGAUGCAGAUGUACAGACAACAUUGUGAGUUCAUUGACCAGGCCUUGGUAUCGGACUGUGAGAUGAACCUGUAUGACGCGUAUCAGGCCUGGGAGUCGGGGGCUGUAGAGUUGGGCGAUGUCAUGGACACAGACACAGCAGACACACGAAGAAUAGAUGACAUCAGGUUCACACCUGACACUGACAACGUCCAACACAUCCUAGAUGACCUACAGCUGGGGGAGAUUGACGUCACAUACCAGACUGGAUCAUGUCGGAAAUCUUCUCCGGUAAUGGUUGACACGACUGACGGCAGGGUGGAGGGAGAUGUGGAGGAACCUGAUCUACAUGACGUCACAGUCCUGCUUGUAAAUGGUAUACAGACAUGUGUUGUCACUGACGCCAAAAACAAGUGUGUGAAAUCUUUCUACACUACAAACAAUCAACCAUGUCAUAGUAGACUCCCCCUGGAUGACUCUCCAUCGGGAGUAACACAGUUGAAGGAGAAGCAGGUGAUGGUUGCUGUCCCUGACUCCAGUCAGAUUGUAACAGUAGAAGUGACCCCUGGCCUGGUGCUGCUCUCAACCAUCACAACAAGCAAAGGGUACUACAGUCUCGCUGUUCUAAGUCCUUCAUCUCUAGCAGCAGGUGCAAUUCACUGUGUUGAUAUCCUGGACAUGGCGGGACACGUGCUGACGUCAGUCACUACACACAACAAUGAGACACUGUUUACCUACCCCGACUACAUGUGUGUCAACAACAAGGGCAACAUGCUCGUGUCUGACUGGGAAAAGAAGUCUGUGACAUGUCUGACGUCAGAGGGGGAUGUUGUGUGGAGAUACGCCCCUACCGGAGACAGAGCACUCAGCUUCCCUUGUGGUACCACAACUACCGGCACAGGAGGCUUCCUGCUUGUAGACACCCACAAGGUGAUACACCUGACAGAGUCGGGGGAGUAUGUCAGAGAUGUUCUCACGUCACAGGAUGGUGUGUGCUCUCCACAAGGUCUCUGGUCGGACAAACAUGGCUCCAUAUUUGUGAGCGAUUAUGAAAACAUCAAGGAAUUUAUCAUGACAUAGGGAUUGAGUAAAUACAAUGUGACGCAUUAUGUCGCUACGAUCUACUAGGGCCUAAACAAUUUCUGGUUCGGGUUACCCUCCAAUAUACACCACAUCUCUGACGCACACAAUAAUAUAAAUCCAACAGAAACAAAGACCCGUAUGUUACAAUAACUGCAAACUCACGACCCCGAACUCUGACGUCCAAGGAGAUACACCGUGACCUCGCGUCAGUGCACCAACGUCCAACGUUUGAAACAAUGUCUAAACAUAACAUCGGGAACUCCCAUGUAUAGGACUAGGAAAACUGUAAU